CAAGAUUAAAAUUGUCAUUUUUAGUAAAGAACUCAAGUCGAGCACAACAUGAACUUGAAUAGUGGUCUAACAUUUUCAAUAUUUACUCUAGUAUUAAUAUUUCUAAAUCGGGUACAAUCGGAUGAAGAAAAUAUUGAUGAUUUAAUAGUGCAGUUAAAUAAUGGCAAACUAAAGGGUAGAGAUAAUGGUUACUAUUAUAGCUACGAAUCGAUACCAUAUGCCAAGGCACCAGUGGCAGAAUUAAGUUUUGAACCACCUCAAGUUUACGACAAUAAAUGGAGAGAUGUAUUUGAUGCUACUAAAAAACCAGUAGAGUGUAUGCAAUGGAAUCAAUUUAAAGAAGGUGAAAAUAAAUUACAGGGAUCCGAAGAUUGUUUAUUCGUUAACGUUUAUAAGCCAAAGACGGGUAAAGAGAAAUAUCCUGUUAUAGCCUAUAUACAUGGAGGAGCUUUUAUGUUUGGCCAUCCCGAUAUGUUUGGUGAGGAUUUGCUUAUGAAGCAGGGCAAUGUUAUAUUGGUUAAGAUCUCUUAUCGUUUGGGACCCUUGGGUUUCUUAAGUACUGGAGAUGAGGCUAUAAGCGGUAAUUAUGGUUUGAAAGAUCAGCAAAUGGCUUUAAAAUGGAUCAAGGAAAAUAUUCAACAUUUUGGUGGUGAUCCCGAAAAGAUAUUAUUAAUGGGCUUUUCUGCAGGGGCAGCUUCGACUCAUUUGCAAAUGCUAAAUCCUGCUCUACAACACAUAGCCAAGGCGGCGGUGUCUUUAAGUGGUGUAGCCUUUAAUCCCUGGGUUAUAAUUAAAAAUCCCCUAAAGAAUACUUUAAAACUUGCCCAACAUUUAAAAUGUCCCGAUUUGGAAAAUACUCAAGCGAUAAAACACUGUCUCAAACAAAAAACUCCCGAGGAAAUUGUAACAAGUGUUAAAGUAUUAUUAAAUUUCGGUUAUAAUCCCUUUACCACCUUUGGACCGGUGGUGGAACAUAAAAACUCAGCACAUGCAUUUAUGACAGAACAUCCUAGGGAUAUUAUAAAGUCAGGAAAUUACUCCCAUCUCCCCUGGUUGGCUUCAUAUGCAGCUCAAGAUGGUGGCUAUAAUGCUGCAGAAUUAUUGCAAAUAAAUCCCAAAACUGGAAAACCUUUCUUAGAAGAUUUAAAUAAUAAAUGGUUGGAAUUGGCUCCACAAAAUCUAUUUCUGGAAAAUAUCAAAGAAGAUCCUGUAAAAUAUGCCCAAGAAUUGAAAAACGAAUACAUGGGCAGUCUAACAUUUUCCGAGGAAAAUUAUUUAAAAGUACAAGAAAUCUAUACAGAUGUUUUAUUUAAAAAUGGUGUCCUAGAAGCCUUAAAAUUACACAGUCAACAUAAUAAGGCUCCUGUUUAUGCCUAUGUCUAUGAUAAUCCCUCGGAUUAUAGUUUUUCUAAUGAUUUAUCUCAAAGAAAAGAUAUGAAAUUUGGUACCGUUCAUGCAGAUGACUUUACUUUAAUGAUGAGUUAUCCUUCACGUUCUUUAAGAUCAGAUGAAGAGAUUUUAUCUCCAAAAUUUAUAAAAAUGUUGGAAAAUUUUAUACAGCAAGGGGAACUUACCUUUGAUAACUCCCAAUUUGUUAAUAACGCUGGUAACACAAACAAGCUGGACUUAUUGUUAAUCACUAAAGACAAAUGUGGAAAUAUUGUUCAAUAAAAGAUUUGUGUGUUUUUUAUUAAUAAAGUUAAUCUGUAAAGAAAAUAA